CCCCCACUUUAGCUUGGUGAGCUUCCUUAGCUUGCUCCAGCCAUGUCUGAAACAGCAAAAGUUUCCUCUUCAUUCCCACGCGGGUCCUCGGGUGGUGAGUUGUCCCCGGGCACAAGGGUUAUGGUCCAUGGCAUUAGAUCGGAGAAAGACAUCAAUGGGAAAGAGGGCACUUGCAUCGAAUGGUGCCCCGAGACUGGACGUGUGCAUGUGCAAAUGGAUGAUGCUAUGAAGGCUUUGAGGCCCCGGAACCUCAAGGUGAUGCGAGCUCAGACCGAAGUCAAUGAAAUGAUGAACCGGGUGCUGACUGUUUUCGAAAGUGCUGACAGCAAUGGUGAUGGUGUAUUGGACCUCAAUGAAUUCGAGAGAUGUUUGGAAGGUAUUGGCUUGGGGAAGGAGUAUGUGACCGCUUUCCAGAUGGCAAUGGAUAAAGAUAAUGACUUCGAGAUCGACUAUACCGAGUUUACUAGCUGGGCAUUAGGUACCAAUGUUCCGGGCAAGCGAACUCGCCUGGACUUAUAUUGGCCAAAGAAGCGUGACGUGAAGAUUGAGAAGGUUGACGAUGAUGACACAGUCCCAGACCAUGACGAAGAACUCACUGAAGAAGAUGUCAUCAGGAUUAUGAAGCGGCCGUUGCCUGAUGAUUGGCCAACCCACGGGAUUGCCAUCAUGAACAACGCCAGAGCCCGAUUUCCACAUUAUCCAGUAGAAGGAAUUGUUUGGUCAAUGAAGCGGAACGAAUAUGUUGGCGGCCGUGUUCUCGCGGACAUCAGGGCAACCGGAGCUAAAGAGGUGCACCCUUGUCGGACCACUCCUCUUCGGGCUUCAGAGGAUGCUUUUCCAGCUAUCUACCGAAAUAUUUCCCCAGAGGGAGAACUUAUGGUGUACGAGCUGCGAGAUGACAGCACCUUUGGAGCAAUGCGCGAUCGCAAGGUGCCUCCCAUGGGUGUAAUUCCUCGUGGCGAAAUGUUCACCGUUUACGAAGUAUUGCGUGGUGCUGAGUAUGGGUUCUGCUUCGGGCGCAUCAAGUACAAGGGCCAAGAGAGCCCAACAACCUGGGUCGUUCUUGGGCUGCUUAUCGAGCGAGGUGCCCACUGGUCGAUACCGGAUACGGCUCGGAAGCCAUCUGAUUUGACAUUUUCUGACGCUGAACGAAUGAACUCACUGUGGUGACAAAAGGGAUUGUGUCGUCGCAAAGCGACACUUUCUCACUGCGUGUUGCCAAUUGUAUGCUAUAGUUUCAGCACACCCUCAACCCUCUCAGUCAAAGACUCGAGCGGAUGAGGGUCGUAGCUUGUUCAACACUAUUGCAAAGCAGUUUCUUGAAACUUUGUUGUGCUGGCACAAGUCUUGGACACAGCUUCAUAAUCCUCAACCGUCAAGCGGUAGCCCCGGUAGACCGACUGAUGCAUUCCAAAAACAAAGCCCCAAGUCAGCUGCAAGCUUCAG